CAUGCGUCGUAGGCGGACCGAGGGGAGACUCACGAGCCAAGUGACAGCGGGGACGGUUAGCCAGCUCUAACGACGGGGUCAACUUAGUCACAACACUCGUCUGAGCGAAAGUUUGAAGGUUUCCUGACUGCAGGGCAGAAAAUAAUAUCGUUCAGUGACGGUAUCUGACUUGAGGGUGUCCGGUUUCCUCAGUCUGAGGGAUUGCGAUGCCCUCUGACUUUAUCUCCCUUUUCAGCGGGGACCUCGACCUGAAUUCUCCCAGAUCCUUGUACUCUAAAGAAUCAGCGUAUGACCUUCUUCCCAGAGUGCUACAAUUGCCUCACUCCUUGCAGCAGAGCCCAAAAAUCAUGAGUCAAAAGAGUGGCGGAGAGGCAGGGCCUCCCCCUUCAGCUACUCUAGCAUCAGAUGCCAUGUCCUCCUCUAUGACCAUGGAAGGCCCCCGCAGUGCUUUUUCCACCUCUUCCAGCUCCACCAUGCAUUCCAGUGCUUCAGCCAAUGACCAGAACGCAGUUCACAGCGCCAAUGUCGACCCAGAGGACACCAGGAGCAGCAGAACGGUUCCAGAGGUUGUCGGAGCAGAAGGUGGGAAUGGUAACAGCAGGGGCAGCAGUGAGCUGGGAGGAGGAAGAGAGAUGACCCCAUCGAAGCGCCGCACCGUACUGAACAUCUCUCCACCGCCACAAGACCUGUUUGAUGACAGCCUGAUGUCCUGCCAGGAUGAAACAUCCCGGGACUCAGAGCAGAGUAACAGCAUCUGGAUGGAGGACUCUCUCUCCAACUUCAGUAUCAUGAGCACUGUCUCUUACAAUGACAACACAGAGGUGCCACGAAAGUCACGCAAACGUACCCCUCGGCAGAGGCCUGGACCGAAGUCUGUGCGUGCAGGGGAAGCCAGCAUGGACGUGUUCGAUGCAGACAGUGCCAAAGGUCCACACUUUGUACUGUCACAGCUCGGCCCUGACAGCAAGACUGGAUCAAAAGGAAGUUCUGAUGAUGCUCAGACAACUCACCACAAAGGAGGAACGCUUUCGAUGCAGUACCCACAGAAGAGUGAGGGGAAGGAGUUGAAGAUCCUCGUCCAGCCAGAGACUCAGCACCGAGCACGCUAUCUGACUGAAGGCAGCAGAGGGUCAGUGAAGGACCGCACACAACAGAGCUUCCCAACUGUGAAGCUGGAGGGAGUGAAUGAGCCAGUGGUUUUGCAGGUGUUUGUGGGCAACGACACCGGGCGUGUUAAGCCUCAUGGUUUUUAUCAAGCUUGCAGGGUGACUGGCCGCAACACCACAGCCUGCAAAGAGGUGGACAUCGAUGGCACGACUGUCAUCGAGGUGUCUCUCGAUCCGAGCACCAGCAUGACACUAGCGGUGGACUGUGUCGGGAUCUUGAAGCUCCGUAAUGCUGAUGUCGAAGCUCGCAUUGGUGUGGCCGGGUCGAAGAAGAAGAGCACACGUGCUAGGCUGGUGUUUCGGGUCAACAUCCCACGUCCAGAUGGAUCAGUGCUCACACUACAGACCCCCUCUUCUCCAAUCCUAUGUACUCAGCCCGCAGGAGUGCCUGAAAUCCUGAAAAAGUCACUUCACACUUGUUCAGUGGCCGGCGGAGAAGAGGUCUUUAUCAUUGGCAAGAACUUUCUUAAAGACACCAAAGUCAUAUUUCAGGAAAAUGUUUCUGAUGAGAAAUCGUGGAAGGCAGAGGCUGAAAUCGACAUGGAGCUGUUUCACCAGAAUCACUUGAUAGUGAAAGUUCCUCCGUACCAGAACCAAGCCAUCACCUCUCCAGUGUGUGUGGGAAUCUACGUGGUGACGAAUGCUGGGCGAUCCCAUGAUAUUCAGCCUUUUACCUACACUCCAGAGACAGUGAAAAAUGAUGUUCCUGUGAAGAAAGAGGCACCUUCUCCAGUGAAGACGUGUUCAUUUGAGGAACAAAUUAAAGAUGGUGCCUUGAUGCCUUCGAUGCUGCCUUUAGUGAAGCGAGAAGACGUCACUCCGAUGGAGGUCACUAGCAACCUUCAAUCCUCUGGUGUUUUUAAGACUGGUGACCUAUGUCCAGCCCAGCAGAACCCAGACAUGACUGCAGGCCAUCUAAAUAAAAACAGACCAUUCUCAAACAACCUCUCUCAGCCUGCAGGCGACCCUGACAAAGGCCAGGCUGCUGUUUUUCCCAACGCAGAGCCCUUAAGCACUAUCCAGAAGCAGGACAUUGCAGCCACCAACUCCUUCUCUGUGCCUGCUGACUCUCUGCUCCAGCAGGGAUCACAGCAGUUCCUCCUGGAACCCAGAGAGGGCCUCGGGCAGGAGAGGCCCGGCAGCGGCUCUGGAGCUGUGGGGAGGCUGUGUGGGGAACCUGCGCCUCAACAGCAGCAACUGCCACUGUUUCCCCCAGAUGAAGUAGCCCAGCUGGAGGAGGCAGUGAGGCAACUUAAAGCCAAAGGGUUCUGCAACUUACCGCUUCAGUCGGACAACUCAAUGGCCAAACAGCAGCAGCAGCACAUCCAGCACCAACAGCAGAUCCAAAAACAGCAAAUUCAGCAGCAGCAGCAGCAGCAGCAGCAGCAGCAAAUCCAGCAACAACAGCUUCAACAGCAGCAACAGCAGCACGUUUUGGAAAAUUUACAGCAGCAGCUGUUUCAGUCACAGAUUCAGAUGCAGUGUGGCAUGUUUCAGGACGCCCCUCAGGCCAAGAGCGCAGAGCAGCAGGGCUCAUCACAAGGAGUGGUGCCAAACCAGGGGACUCUUUUCCAACAGGCCCAACAGCAGCAGCAACAGCAACAGCAGCAACAAGCAGCUCUCUUUCAACAGGCGAGUGAUCUGCUCUCUAUUCAGACCAACUUCCUCCAGCAGACACCCUCACACCCUUCACCACCCAUGUUUCACAAUCCCAGUCCUUUGGCUGAACCACAAGAUCCACAGGGAGGGUUGUUUCAGAAAGCCUCUCAGGAGGUCCAGGCCGCUCUCUUCCAAAACUCCAUGACAGUACUACAGUCUCCAGACCAGCGGCCGUCAACCCCUGGACUUUUCCUCCCUCAGACAUCCCUGCCCUCUCAGCUCACAACCAGUAGUGCUCAACAACAGCAGCAACAACAACAACAGCAGCAGCAGCAGCUGGCCUUCCUCAGCGCUCUACAAACACCUGCCCCUGAACCGCAAUCAGUAUUUCAGGCUCAGACCCAGCUCUCCCCCAUCCAGCAGAGAAACCCCAUGGAGCAGCAGCAGCCCACCCAGCCCCAGCCCCACGCACAGCCUGCCCAGCAGGCAUCCCUGUUUCAGAACAUCUCCCCUAACACAAUCUCACCAGGCCAGCAGCAGCAACAGCAGGCUGGCCUACUGUUCUGCAACAACCCCCUGUCCACUCCUGAUCAGGCCUCCAGCCUUAUGUUUAGCAGCCAGGGCCAGAUGCCACCGCUGACAAGCAGCAGUCUAGUUUCCCAAGAGCCCCAAAAUCCCUCUCUGCUCUUUUCCCAAGCCAGCAUGGUGACAGUAAACCAGCAGGAUCGCUCUGAGCCCAUGGCCUUAGGGAACCCCACCGAUCCACGACAGCAAGUCAUGUUUCAGGAGCAGCAGCCGAUGCAGCUGGGAGGCAGCUCAAACAACCGGCAGGAGCAGCCUGUGGGCCUCUACAUGCCUCAGUCUAACAUGGCCUCUCUGCAGGGCGGGCUGGCCGCUCAGGAGCUCGCACAGUCAGCCAUGUUUGCCUCGCAGAACGGUGUGGCAAACCUCCAGACAACCACCUCCUCGCCUGUUCAGCAGCCAGGGACUUUGUUUCAGACCGCUGUCAGUGGGAGCAUCAGUCAGCCCAGCCAGCCUCAACAACCUGGCCUCUUCCUUUUUGGGAUUCAGAACGAAUGUGGCCAGCUGAUGAACACUCCUGGAAACACACUGUCGGAUCAGAUAAUAGCCAUCAGCCAGUCUGGUCAGAACCAAAGAGAGAGUGAAGCGCACAUCCAGUCCCUGCUCAGCCAGUCCCUGUCUCAGUCUGGGCCUGUGCAGAACAGCAUGACUGCCUCUCAGAACAUGGAGAAGAUUGACGACCUGCUGGUCAGCCUGCAGGAGUCGGGCAGCAACUUAACUCGUUCAUACUAACCUUCGUACAGAUUCGUCUUUUAUUUUGAUACGUGGAAUAAUUGUAGAAAUGUAGGCACAAUAUUGUCUGCUGAUGAGCACAUGCAGUCAAAGAUGUGUGAAUUAGCCCUGCAUCAUGAAGUUUGAGACAAACUGAACAGUAUGUUCUUACAUCUGAUCACCAAAUAUUUCUUUGCCCUCUUAUGCCAUGAUUUGGUUUACGUCAGGACUGAGGACUGGCAUGAAUGAUAUUUGUUGUCUCAUCAUUAACUAGACAAAUUAAUAUCCAGACAGUGAACUAAGAGUUCAGUUUGGGAUUUCUUGUCUGAGUGAGCUGGCUGAAAAAAAGUCAAUAUCUGGUUUUGACUUUAGGACUGACUGACUCCCAACGUAACAGACGGGCAGAAUUAGAUGAACUCCCGGCGAGAACAGACACAUUGUCAUUACUGUUCAGUGAGAAAAGCAGCAUUCGGCGCUUUUUUCUUCAACCUUUCCUCUGAAAGUUCAGUAACUUAGUGAUGUUGUUGUUCAUUUAACUUGUGAAGUGUUGUGUGUAUCUGUAGAUAGACUGUCAGUGAUGUUAUCUGCAGCGUCUUUUGGUUCUCGUGAUGUUUCCUUAAGUGUACUCCAAAGCGUUUAGUGGUUUCCAUGAAUAGUGUUCCCUUUAAUUAUUCUUUUGUAUUGUUGUUUAGAUGGAAGGUGGAGUGCGCGGCAGAGCAGGAAGGUUUAGACAGACCGUGGUACGUAGGGUUGAAUACAUCCAAGAUGUGGAAGGUAGCCGCUGUUGGUUUGAAAUGAUUUUCACCCAGCAGUGCAGAAAGUGUGUUGAUAGAAGGUUUGAGGGGGAGGAGAUGAGGUAGAGAAAUGAAAGGUAGAGGAAAAGUAGAAAGGUUUCCUACACUAAUCUGAUGUGUAGUCUCACGCAAGUGUCUAAUAUGUGGGUACUGAUUAUUUCAAUGUUGUAGCAGCUAGCUUGUACCUGAUAAUGUAAAUGUAUUCACUCUAGCUGUCUUGAUAGCCCACAAAUUGACUUAGGUUUUCAUUAAUGAUAUGACGUAGAAAGAAACAGUGCUCAGUAGGUGUAUAACUAAAGUAAUGUGGCAUUUUGUUGCUGUCUGCAAGUGGCCUGGCUGAAUUAGAUCUAGUGUUGUCAAGACCUGUUUGGUGCGGUAAUAUGGAGCUAGAACAGUGACAGUAAAUUUUAGCAUUGAAAAGAAAAAACAUGAAUUAUGAUGAAGAAAGUAAUUUCUCCUGCUGUUCACAAUUUAAGAACUUUGUAGAACAUUUUGGGAGAGAUUAAAGGCGCAUUCACACCAGGAUAGUCCGGGGGACUCGGUUCAAUUGGGCGGGGAAUGCCGAAAAAUGUCAGACCUUCAUUUGGUUCGGUUCACUUUCACACUGGACUUUUUAACGCGGACCAAACCACCUGGACAACGUCACGCAGUUACAGCAGCUGCUCGUUUGGGGGCGGUAUUGCCCGAAAUGACCACUGACCAGGAAGAAAAAAAGCAUGAGGAAGAAGAUCUAGUGGCCAGGACCGAAAACCGAAAUCCAUCCCCUUCAGCUGGCUGGUCAGCUGCAAUAUAUAUUCCUCUGACCAUAUAUCAAUAAGCGCCUGCACCUCCUCACUACUCCACGUCUGCCAACGAGACAUUUUCCAACUUUUUCUUUUUUUACCUCUGCUUCUCCUGGUUCGCGCUGUUGGCUUUGUUUUUUUUUUUUUCUAUGUCACUUCCUCUCUUUGGCUCACUUCCUCUCUUUGGUUCGCUGGAUAGUCAUUUUGCAUUUCCCACUGUAAGCGAACCGCACCAGAAUUCACUUGCAAGUGAACCGAGACCCCCAGUUUUCAAGCGGACCAGGGUUCGCUCGUUUGGUCAGCACCAGAGUUUGAAUGAGCGUUCACACCACUCCAAACGAACUGAACUAUCCGUGGAAGUGGACCAGGGUUUGUUUAAAGCGGACCAAAUAGCACCAGUGUGAUUGCGUCCUUUUUCAGGGGAACUUUUUUUCAGUGCUGAUGUUUCAGUUUUCCAAAGCUAAAUUUUCAAUGCCAAAACUUACUGUCACUUCUUUUGCCCGUACGCUAACACCUGUAAAAGAAUAUUAGUAGUUCAGCCAACAGCUGUCGCCAUGGCGGUGCAGUUAAGAUGGUCACCUCUAGCUGUGAAACAUAUCACUCAGUAUGAGAUACUUUACCUUCUCCACCACAGUGUACAGGUAGCACUUUGAGAUGUAGGAGAGCAAACAUACUCAGGCUAACAUUUAGUCUGUGUUCACCGAAACCAAACUGGGUCAGUUUGCUUCUUUGUAGAACAGAUUCUCCCUUAAAUACAUGACGAAGAAUCUUUUGAGAAAGUGUGGUGGUAGAAAUGUGAUAAAUAUUGGCUGAGACUUUUUUUUUUUUUUUUACAUGUAUACUCAGCACUUUAUGAUGCUGUUGUUCUUUGUGACCACUUUACUCAUCGAGGGUACAGUACAGUCCCACGGGAGGUGGCGUGGGGUCGGGGGGAGGGUUCAGCUGCCUCUUCCUCAUUGUUUACAGUGAAGAAGAUACAUUUUGAUUAACAUGCUGUUACAACUAUUGACUGUUCAUUCCCAAAACCCAAUACGUUAUACGUUAUUUAUUCCUUUAAAAAACAGCUUAAAAAAUCUGGACAAAUGCGGAUGGAGAAAUUUUCAAUCUCAUUUCAGCUGACAGAUAAUAACUCUUAUUCAAACAGCAGAGAGACUAGAAUGUAAUAUAGUUUAUUAUUAUUAUUGUGUUUUAGUGUCAUUUUGAUGGCAUCAUUCUGCGUCAGGCACGCAUGAACUGGAAUAGUAUUCUUAACCCAGCUAGAAAAGAGCCUUUUUUAACCAGUUUUAUUAAUGUGAUGGAUUCAGUGAAUGUUGAGGAGAAGUACCUGUUUGUUGGCCACAACUGUAAAUCAUACAUCAUAUCCAGGUUAAGGUAUUAACGCGCAGGAACAGAGCCCAUUUUACAUGUUUUCUUGUAAAAGCAGUCGUCUGCAGUUGGCCAGUGGCCUCAGGACCAAAGUUUGAUUCAGAUCUUGCUUUGCCUAAAUCCUGAUGACGGGCCAGUUUUAUGGCUGUUGACCUUUUCUCUCCUUUUUUCUUUCUAUAAUUUCAUUAUCAAGCAAGAUGUCCUGCUGCCACACUUUUCUUUCUGUUUGUUUGCUGUGUUAAAAAAAAAGAAAAACAUGUUUGUGUCAUGUUUAGUUUGACUGUAAGUGUAUGCAUGAACAAGGGGCUGGUCUCUGAUGAUGACAGAAUUAGCUCAGAUUUAUGCCUCAGUUGUCGUCUUGUUUUCUAUGUACAGUUUAUUAGAAACACAUAAACACCGUUACAUUUUAUACACUUUAAAGUCAGAAGCAGCCGUUGUUUUACGAUGGAGAUUAUGUAAACUUGAGUAAUGUGAUCGGAGGAACUACGGCGUGUCAGUUUGAGCGGCUGUGAGUGGUUUUUAAAGGGACCCUACUCCUGAAGGAAACCUGACUUUGGAGAAAAGAGCUAUCUGUGAUUGGCUUUCUUCAACUUGUGAAAUAGAAGAACUAAGAUUUCCAGUGUUGAGUAUUUAUGAUUGUUUUUGUUGUUGUUUUUGUUUGUUUUACAAAGUUUAGAUCUUUUUUUUUUCUUUUCUUUUCUUUUUUUUUUAUCUGUGUAGUACCUGUGCUUCUUUUCGGAGAGGCAUGUUUAAUUUAUUUGUGUGUUGUUUAUUAUCUAAAUUGUUUCCCUUAAUCAUAGCCGUG